UUGGGGCGACGCGAGGGGCGGGGUUUGCUGAGGAAGAUGGCGGCCGCCAGGGGCUUGUCCCUAACGGCGGCGGCCCUGAGAGCGGCCACCCCCUGGCGGAGGAGCAGGCUCUUCGCGGCGUCCGCCCGACCUCCGGCGCUUCGGGAAGCGUCGUCCUCCGGCCCCGAGGCGGGCGAAGGGCAGAUUCACCUCACCAACAGCUGCGUCCAGAGGCUCCUGGAAAUCACCCAAGGGGCAGAAUUCCUCAGGCUGGAGGUGGAGGGAGGUGGAUGCUCCGGAUUCCAGUACCGAUUUUCCCUGGAUACAGUGAUCAACCCCGACGACAGGGUAUUUGAACAGGGUGGGGCAAGAGUGGUGGUUGACUCUGAUAGCUUGGCCUUCGUGAAAGGGGCCCACGUGGACUUCUGCCAAGAGCUGAUCCGAAGCUCAUUUCAAGUGCUGAACAAUCCCCAAGCGGAGAAAGGCUGCUCCUGUGGCUCUUCCUUCUCUGUCAAGCUUUGAUGGGAUGACAGGGGACCCAGAGGUGGCUGCCAUUGGUACCAAUGUGAGGAACCUGGAAUUAGUGGAAUUUUAGUGGUUUCCUUCCAAUCAUGUCCCUCCCACAAUUUUGUUUCCCACAAUCCAGGAGUGUUGUGUUUCGCCACUAUUAUUUUCAGAAUGUGAAGCAAUCUUGACUCUUGGCUUAAUUUCUCCUGCAUAAUUCUAAGGCCAAGGCUCUAGAUGCUGUUACCUAAGGUUUAAUAACUGGUUGAAACCCAGUGUAAUUUGUAGAGCCUCUAAGGUCCCAAAAUGUGAGUUACUUGUCUGGCCUUCAGAGCUGCUUGUAUAUAUAUGUAUAACUGUGUAUAAAAGCUUCAUUUUAAAGCAA